UUUGGAUAUCGUUAAAGAAGAGGUAGUGUAAGUUUCCGUCUUAUCAUGAAACUGUUAUUUGAAGGACAAUUAAGACUCUGUGUUGUUCAGCCAGUACAUCUUACAUCAGGGCUGCUCAUAUUUUUUAUCCUGAAGUCUAUCUCAUCUCUAAAACCUGCCCAACUUCCAGUUUACCAAAGGAAACCUUUUAUAGCUGCUUGGAAUGCUCCAACAGAUCUGUGUUUGAUAAAAUAUAAUUUUACACUGAAUUUGAAAAUAUUUCAGAUGAUUGGAAGCCCCCGGCUCAAAGACAGGGAACAAAAUGUUACUAUGUUUUAUGUCAACAAAUUGGGAUAUUACCCAUGGUACACAUCAGUAGGGGUCCCCAUCAAUGGGGGUCUUCCCCAAAGUGCAAGCUUACAAGGACAUCUGGAAAAGGCUGCCCAGGAUAUUAAUUAUUACAUCCCUGGUGAAAAUUUCAGUGGACUUGCUGUAAUAGACUGGGAAUAUUGGCGCCCACAGUGGGCCCGGAACUGGGACUCAAAGGAUAUCUACAGACAAAAGUCAAGAAGACUUAUUUCUGAUAUAAAAGAGAACAUAUCCGUUACUGAUAUUGAAUAUUUAGCCAAAGCAACUUUUGAGAAAAGUGCAAAAGCUUUCAUGGAGGAAACUAUCAAAUUGGGAAUCAGGAGCCGACCCAAGGGUCUUUGGGGUUAUUAUUUAUAUCCUGAUUGCCACAAUUAUAAUUUUUAUGACACAAACUAUACUGGGUCAUGCCCAGUAGAGGAAGUUCUGAGGAACGAUGAGCUCUCUUGGCUCUGGAACAGUAGUACUGCUUUGUAUCCUGCUAUUUCUAUCAAGAAAUCCUUAAGAGAUAGCGAACGCACUUUGCACUUCUCACAAUUUCGGGUACAUGAAUCAAUGAGGAUCUCUACCAUGACAUCACAUGAUUAUGCUCUGCCUGUAUUCAUCUACACUCGGCUGGGAUACAGAGAGGAACCUUUGCUCUUUCUUUCCAAGCAAGACCUAAUUAGUACCAUAGGAGAAAGUGCUGCAUUGGGAGCUGCAGGCAUUGUCAUUUGGGGAGACAUGAAUUUAACUUCAUCUGAGGAGAACUGUUCAAAGGUGAACCACUUUGUGAAUUCUGAUUUUGGGAGCUACAUAAUCAAUGUGACCAGAGCAGCUGAGAUGUGCAGUUACCACCUUUGCAAGAAUAACGGGAGGUGCAUACGGAAGACAUGGGAAGCACCCCAUUACCUCCAUCUGAACCCUGCAAGUUACCACAUCGAGGCCUCUGAGGAUGGAGAAUUCAUAGUGACAGGAAGAGCAUCAGAAGCAGACCUAGCUGUGAUGGAAGAGAAUUUUCAGUGUCACUGUUACCAGGGCUAUGAAGGGGCUGAUUGCAGAGAAAUGAAGGAAGCCAAUGGCUGCUCUGGGAUCCCCCUUUUCUCUAGCUCAGUAAUAACAUUGUAUCUGCUAGUUCUAGCCAGUUAUCAAUGCAUUCAGCUGUGACGUGAUUGAGUUUAAAGGGAAUUGUGUCCUCUUAAGUACAGUGUUAGGGAACAGAUGGAUUUCAUAUUUUUUUCUCUUAUGGGUUCCUCUGAGAGGUACUAUAAGUCAACAUGUGUGUCACAACAUAAAUAGGAACCUAUUACUUUAUUUGCUACACUUUGGUUUAAAAACCAGAUGGAGGAGAAAAAAGUAAUGUAUACUGUUUUCUUACUUGAAUAUUUAAAUUGUAUUUAAAUCAAAUUUUAUUCUUUUUCUAAUUGUA